UUUCAUGUUUGAUGUUAAUCUGUCGCUAAGACCAUCAUUUAAUCUCUCCGUCUUUGAUUCUCGCACUCUAUAUGAAAUAGCUCUCAAAUCUUCCAAAAGAUACCAUACACUUAGUCUUGACCGGCAGUCAAUUCUCAACCUGGUCGUUAUGGCCUCUGCUGCCACCACAGAACGCUUCUCCGCAGCUGAUCAUGCCAAUGAUGGCAGGCAUCACAUACUACUUGCCGCCAGUGGCUCUGUCGCAACCAUCAAGAUCCCAUUGAUUGCACAGGCACUGGCGAAACACCCCCGUGUGUCAAUUCGCAUUGUCAUUACUCACUCUGCCGAGGAAUUUCUGCAGGGCCAAGCGCCGGAACAGCCGCCGUUGGACUCACUCUUACGGCUGAACAACGUCGACGGCCUGUACCAUGAUCAUGACGAAUGGUCAAAGCCGUGGGUGAGGGGCGACAAGAUUCUACACAUUGAACUUAGGCGAUGGGCACACGUUCUCCUCGUCGCUCCCCUCUCCGCCAAUUCUCUGGCCAAAAUGGUAAACGGGAUCAGUGAUGGGUUGCUCUUGAGUGUUAUUAGAGCAUGGGAUACAACAGGCCUGGUCGACAAUCGACGGAAACGAAUAUUUGUGGCUCCUGCCAUGAACACUGCCAUGUGGCGACAUCCAAUCACCAGCAAACAGAUCAAAAUCCUUGAGCACGAAUGGGGCCAAGGAGAGGAUGGAUGGGUCACCGUUUUGCGGCCCAUGGAGAAAGAGCUUGCCUGUGGGGAUGUUGGAGAUGGUGCCAUGAUGGAUUGGAGGGAUCUUGUUCACCAUUUGGAACAUCAUCUACAACUAGAUAUCGUACAACAGGAGAGUACUACCAAUGGUGGCUGAGCACACUCUCCUGAAACAGGCUGGACUAGGACAUGUCCAUUGUCGCUGUCAUACCUGUGGGCACCUCCCUCGAACGUCGAUACAGAUAAUCACCUAAAAGCCCCAACGAUAUGGUUCCGCCCGUUAACUUGGCCCCGUUAACAAACCACCACCAACAAUCCUUUACAUCCUUCAGGUUGACCCGACGAAUCAUCGUUGCCAGGGUCAGGGCUGCCCCGCCACAGCUUCCGAUGAAGAAAACGGGGCCGGCACCAGCAAAAUAACCAGCUGUCGCCAACAGACCUAUCUGAGUGGCGGAGAAGAUGGACAAAACCGUCUUGGGAUGCUGUUCGUGCGCUUGCGCUAUCGACUUGAUGCCGGCUUUGGCGUCGUCCUUGAUGUCCAUGUAGGCAUAUAUCAUGUCAUAAACCAAAGUCCAAGCCACGCAACUGGAGUAGAGGGCCGCAACAGCGGGCAAGGCCGUGGUAUCGGAAAGGAAGUCGAUCCCAAGAGCGGGAAAACCCAUGAUUGCCCCCCAUGAGAAGGUUAAUCCAAGCACAAACUGUGGGUAAUGCGUCACUCGUUUCGCCAGAGGAUAGAUGACCACCAAAAGAAGACUAGGUGCACCGUAGAAAAAACAAGAUGUCGGAAACUGCAAGAGCAAAGCCAGGCCAGCCGUCAGCUGUCCACCCAGGUAUACCAUUGCCUUGGGGACACUGACAGCCUUCCGGGCGAUUGGCCGUAGCUUGGUUCGCUCAACAUGAGGGUCCAGAUUACGGUCCCACAAAUCAUUGAUUGUACAGCCGGCACCCCUCAUGAUCAAAGCUCCGGUGAAGAAAAGAGCGGUCGAUGUGGCAACUUCAAGUGGAGAGGCCAUCGGUGUUACCAUUGGAGCUGCCAGAAGAGUCGAGAACAGGCAGGGAAAGAAAAGAUAAUAUGUCCCGGCAGGCUUGUCGAGACGAAUCAGCUCGGCAUAAGGUAUCCACGCCGCAGGAAGCUUGGAGAUAAUCCCCUUGGUCGGUGGUUUGUAAACCAUUGGUGAAUCUGACACAGAAGAAAGCGGGUCUGUUGUGAGCGAGUUGGACGCAGAAAUCGGAGAAGUGGUGAGGUGCCUGAUAUCGACUGAAGGCCUAAAUGAGCCUUGAAGAGCCCUCGCUUUGAUGCGAGAAGUCUGGCAGCUCAACGGUCGCUGAAAUGUAGCAGAUUGUCUGUAAUGAUGUCCAUUCUGCGAGAUCCCUAAGCAUUGUAGCCUACGCCACGUGCGUACUCGCGUAGGAUUUGGUCUGCUGGUUGUCAACAUAUUUGAGAGGGUAUUGGUGAUCCCCAUGGUCUCGAUGGGGACAUGAAAGAAAGGAUGGAAUGAGUUUGAAAAUUGAGAAAGGAUACGACGGAUUGCUUUCGACUACUGCUCACUCAUCCUGACGAACUGCUUCAUAGUGUGCUGACCGUGCACAAUAGAGCACAGGGGUUGCGAUCUUCUUGUCCCUAAAUCCCUGACCAGAUUAAAACAAUAAUACGCGAAAUGUGGAAGAGGGACGAGGAGCAAAACGCCAAAGCAAACCAAGGCGUCCUGACCUUUCAG